UCGCUAAUAAAUAAUUGGCGUAAAGUGAUCGCGAUUGAUUCUGAAAUUCGUGACGUCGUUGCUCUCCGACCGAGUCUCUCACAUCUCGGUCUUUCCGAAAAAUAUUGUCGAGGUGCCCCUUGUCGAGGUGCCCCUUGUCGAGGUCGUAUCCUAUCGGCUCUUUCUUUUAGUCUCUUCAUGUCCACAUAUCGGCCUACAACAUAUGUUUGUACAGAUUAGUUAGUUACAGAUGAGAUUGAGGCAUUGAAAGCAAUCCUACUGGAUAAUGAGCUCAACAUUAAGGAAAAUGAUAGAGGAGAGCCAGAGUAUAUCGAGACGAUACUGUUCCCAUCGACCGGUGAGGAUUCGCAAUCGCAAUAUGUUUGUGUCACCUUGAUCGUUCGAUUACCUUUGGGGUAUCCGGAUGUCUCGCCGGCUAUCAAUCUGAGAAAUCCGAGAGGAUUGGACGAGGAUACGGUGAAGCUGAUGCAAUCUGACGCGGAGGCCAAAUGUAAAGACUUCAUAGGUCAGCCAGUUAUGUUCGAAUUGAUUGAGUUAAUACGAGAACACUUGACGAGGAGCAAUCUUCCCACCGAUCAGUGCGCCGUCUGCUUGUACGGCUUUCGGGAGGGGGAUGAAUUCACGAAAACAGAAUGCUAUCAUUACUUUCAUUCGCACUGUCUGGCAGCACACGUUGCCGCCGCCGAGAGAUAUUAUAGAGAGGAGCAGGAAAAGUUACCACAGUGGCAGCAGGAUACCACAAACAAGUUUCAAGCUAUAUGCCCAGUUUGCCGGGAAUCGAUUAAUUGCGAUGUCGAAAGCUUAUGGUCGGCCCCACCGCCGAUUGAUGUCGAAGCUGCUACCGAUUUCUCCGUCACCGCCGAGUUGAGAGAACUCCAGAAACAGAUGUCCGCUCUGUAUCUACGGCAGCAGCAACGAGGCGGUAUAAUCGAUCUGGAGGCCGAGGGCGUCAAGAUGCUGGUAAGGACGGAAGAUGAUCCCGCCGCCACUACGGAAGAGGUCAGCCCGCCUGGCACGAGCUUGAACGCAUAUUCGAAUACCACCACUGUGCAAUCAGUUACUCAAGUGAUUUCUGUCAAACGAGCGUUCUCUCUCGUCGUUCGCAGCAUUCCAAGCAGUCGACGCACCACCAAGCCCAAAACCACCAUAAUUCGCAGUACCAACCGCGUCAAAUGCAGCAUAAUCACGGCCACAACAAUCAUAAUCAUGGUCACCGGCACCGAGGUCGCGGUCGGGCCCAUUACCGACGCCACUUUGACAGAGUUAGACAAGCGGAAUCUACUCCCAGAUGACAAUGGGCUCGUGACAAGGUCGCCACUCGAGUCUGGUCUGAUCCCCUCUUCGAUCUUUCGCUAAGUGUAUACAAUAUUCUGAUUAGCAUUAGUAGCAUAAUAUACGUCAGUGUAAUAUACGGUGAUUGUCUAUCUUCGAGUAAUCUCGCGAUAAUAAACUUAUAGGUGUCGUUGUUUGACGGCAGCAUACCCAUCGUCGUCACCGCCAUCGUCGCGGCGACGACGGGGUGCAUCGUGACUUUCCGUUUGGACUGUCUAUGUAGAUCGAAGCCGUGGUGCUUUUUCUUCCGCGAACGAUCCGCGAUCGUACAAAAUAGUUGAUAUCGUUUCGCCUUAGUUCCUUUUACUUCUUUUUCCAUAUUCUUUAGUUCACACGGGAUUUCGUGACAUUCGAGAACCUAUCGGUCCUCUUUUCGUCUUUAACGAUAUUAAAUGAAAGAAGAUUUUGAAUAUUAAACAUAAUCGCAAACAAUACGAGCGUAUGUGUAUCUCAAUAUCAUAUGUCCAAACAUCUCCUGAUAAAGAAAAAUAUUUUUUUUUCUUUUUAUAAUUUGAAAACGAUUGCUUUUUUAAUACAACACGUUUACAAAAAUCUUUCUGUUUAUUUUAAUAAGUAUUAUACACAAAGUUUGUAUAACGAAUUUUUAAACAUCCUAUAUAUGUGAGAAAGAACUUACAUUGAUGCAUAAAACUAUUGAAUUCUGUUAUAAUUAUAUCAAAUUACGAAUUUCUAAGAAACUAAGGAACAUAGUUUCUUGAAGCAAUUUAACUUGUCAGCGAUAUAGGAGAUAAAAAUGAAUCUUAAAGCAAUGUAGCUUUGCAGGACGAGGAGAACCGAUGAUUCAAAUGUCACACGCUAACUUUAUAUUCACUGCCGCGAGUACGAGAAGAUUACCCAAUUUCAUCCGCGAUGAUUAUCUUUUUUUGAUUUUGUCGUCUCUCCGAUUACGGCUGCAAACAAACGCUCAAUUUUUCGUACCGUAUAUUUAGCAUUACAUAUGAUCAUCUCAUUCUCCUGUUAAUUAAAAAAGCAAAGUUUAAAGCCAGAUAAUCACACAUCUAGCGCUAAAUCUGUGCUAAGAGAAUAUACUUGAGAGAUGAUUACUUUCAAAAAUACAGGGCGUUUGAGAUUUAGCGCGACAUAUUUCAAGUACAGAGUCUCUUUUUUUUAAUGAGUUAUUAAUUUUUUCUUGCAAAUUUUUCAGGAAAACGAUUUAUUAUACCUCGAAGCGAAAAGAGAAGCUCGAAGUAAUAAUUACCGAGAUAUUAAUAUAGAAGAUAAAAACGUGUGUUUCUGCAAAUGGGGAGUUUCAGAAACUUAUAACAACAAAACUUCAAUUUCUUAUGUUUUUUCUUUUCAACUUUUUUAUUAAAAACAUUUUUAAAUUUGUCAAACAAUCUGCACAUAAAAUAUUUAUUGUUUAAUCUAUAAUAAUCUGUAUAAAUGUCAUUUUUAUAUCCAACUUCUCUAUUUUUUUUAAAUGGGCACAAUCAGACGACAAUAUUAAAAAAAUAUAACAAUGCGAGAAAUAUAUUUCGCAACUCCGCCUCGUGCGACAGUGUAUUACGAAAAAAAUUAAGCAAUCAAAAAUUGCAUGGAAACAAAGAUAUUUUAUACAUUAGUAUGAAUCUAACAUAAUCAAAAUUAACGGAUACCAUUUAUUACGCUUAAUGUACGAUAUAUUGCGUGACACAUAGUAAAUUAUAAUUGCUAUAACUUUGGUGAGUCUACGUUAAAAUGUAGAACUUGGUGAAAUUAUAUCAAUUUCAAUUUCUAUUUGACAUAUGCAAUUAUAAUUGUCAAAUGUAUAUAUAGAAUGUUCUAAAAGUCGCUUUGUUAGCAGUGUUCAUCUUCUUAACGCUGCUUUUAGAUCUAGAAAGAUUCACUUUUUGGUUCGAUGAUGACUAGUUCAUUCCUUCACGAGUUGUAUAACUGUUGCUUCCAUUAUCUAACUUCUUUCGUUUGUCUUUUUCGUGAACAGUCUUCUUGUAAUAAAAAAUAGCUUCUUUGGGAUCUAUUGUCAGUAUUAUUUUAUUCCCAUGCAAAUUAGAACGUCAAAAUUGUCUUUAUCUUCCUUGAAGUCUUUUAUUCAAAUAACUUCAGUUCGAAUAUUUCUUUCUUGUUUAUCGGGUAUAUUUGGAAUGUAUCAAACCUCUCUCUACAAUUGAUGUAUCUGUUAAUGUCAAUUGAUUUCUUUCAAUGUUUUUAUCAAUAGCGUUCACCCAACACUCCGGUUUUUAAUUAUAAUUAUAAUUUGAUUGGUUUAUCUAUCCGGUACAAUCGACUCUCUUAUUUUUCUUAUUGACGGCACGUCGUCGCGGAGAUUAUGUUUUUUUGUCUUGAAAUCACAUUAUCAUAUUCAGCUCAAUAUUAAUUUUUGUACAAGAGGUUCGACCAAUCAGAUGCAACAAUUUAUUAUUUAAUAAAUUAAAUGUAGAAUGGCAAUUAUUAAUUAUUUUAAUUAUUAAUAUUUUAAUUAUUUUAAUUUAUUAUUUGCAUGCGAAAAGUUUUAAGAGAGGAGCAGCAAAUAAAUUUGAAGAAUUUCCGGGACGAUUGAUGUGAAGAUAACAUUUCAUGGUAUCUCGAAAAGCAGCUUCAAGCGACUUUAGAACAUACUAUACAUGAUUUGUGCCAUUUAAUGCUCACGUUUCACUCACGAAGAAAGUAUAUGGCAUAUCUGAAAAUCUCAUCAGAUACACGUUUUGCAACUUGAGAUAUGCUUUCAAGUCUAAAGUAAAACUUUUUUAGAAAAGAUUUCUCUCUCUCUCUUUCUCUCUUUUCACCAACGCUCGCACUUUGAAUUUAUAAUCGAAGUGCCUGGGAUCGACAAGCGUAGACAAUUGUGAUAAAAAAGAAAAAAAGAGUAAAGCUUACUCAACAUGUCGAAUUCGAACAAAACAGGACAAACAUCUCAUAUUACAUAUACAACUAAGAACUAAUUUUGUUACUUUAAGUUCUAUUCCUCUUUCGUAAAGUUCCUCUUUCCGUGCAUUCGCAUAUCGUAUCAUAUAGUACGAUUUACAUAUUUUCGCGUAAACAUGACUAUAAUUUUAAGGAGACGAAGGUAUCGUCUAUUGUAGAUACUUUCCACAUAUACAAAAAUGUACAUAUAUGUAUAUAUAUAUAUGUAUAUAUGAAAAAUAUAUACGUAUAUAUAUAUGUAUAUAAUACACACACAUACAUACAUAUAUACAUAUAUGAAAUAUUGGAAAAAAAUUGUUAGCAAUCUCUUGUAUAAACUUUUCCAUAUGAAUAUGUGAUACUUAUAAAAGGGUAAUAGGUUAAAUGUAAGGAAGAGGUUUAAACGCAUGAAAAUUUGAAUAAUUUUGUUUUUAGAUUGCAACUUGAAAUUUUUCUACUCCCAAAGUAUAAUUGCUCGAUUCGCUUAAUAUAACUUAAAAUCCACAUCAGUAUCAUUUUUUGCAAUUAAAUUUUCUAUCGAAUUUUUGCUAAAGGAAAGAAAUUGACGCAUGAAAUAUAUAAGAAAAUAGCUAUAGCUGAAUCUAGCAGACAUUCUGAAAUACAGACGGGGUUUCAAAGAUAAGUGGCCAAACUUUAGGAGUGUAUUCUACCUAUUUAAGGAUGAAAAAGAGUGGUGACAAACGUAAUAUAAUACCGGAAACAUUAUUUUUCUGAAUUAUAAUUACUUUUUAUCCACGACAAAAUUUUUUAACAAUAAUUGCAUCUUUGGACUCGUGUUUAUAAGAUCUUUUUUAUCUAUGCUGAUAAUGAGUAGAGCACGUUCUUAAAGUUUAAUCGUCUAUGUCCGUAAAAUAUCCUGUAUAAAGAAUAUGAGACAUACUUGAAUUAAAGAUUACGCGAUAUUUGCAUAAAUAAUUAGUAAAGUAUAUAAUUUAUAAGCCGCUUUUUUGCAACGGUUAAAAUCAAAAAGAAAAAGGAUUUAAGCGUAAGCGUUGUUUAAAAAAAUCUCGUGAUACAUAUAUAUAUGUGAACUGCUUUAAAAACAUUUUUUUUUUUUAAAUAUUUAAAUCACUACAUUAUAAAAAAAAAUAAUAAGUUUUAGUAUCUCUUUUAUUGUUCUUGUAAAUAAAAGAAGGAGAAAGAGUUUUGAUUAUAUAGAGAAAUUAUUAGCCAAUAUAAACUAUAAUCGUAUUUUAAUGAUAACCAUUAUAAAAAGAUACUCGGAAACAGAUUAUAUUAUCUCAAGAAUCAUGUUAAUAUCUUUUUGUUGGUUGUUUUAGUAUAUUUACAUAUAUUACAAUAUGGCACAUAAUCAAUCAGGACAAGCUUUUUUCUUAGAUGUUAAAGAUAUGUUCAUUAUAUUGUUUUUCGAAGUUUCCAUUUGUAUAUAUUUGUCAAAAUAUCUUUAUUCGAGAUGUAUCUUAUAAAUUAGUAUUGCUAUAAAAAUCGUCGAAGUGUGAAACAUGUAAUAAAUAAUUGAUGAUUUAAUUCUAUAUAUAAAGUCUAUUGUAUUAUAAACAUAGGAUCUUUAUAAUUUUGUUAAUGAUAUUUCUCUCCAAAUACGCGCGAUUUUUAUCGUUUUAAGUAAUAUCGUUAUAUUUUAGUAUUUGUUUUAAACACGGCGAUAUGCCUUAUCUUAAAAUUAAUAUCCUUGCGGAAAUAUAAUAAGUACAAAUAAAAACAAUUUGAAUCGAUUUAGUUUUAAAGAUUUUUAUACUUUACUAAUAUAUUGUGGAAAAGCCGCGCUAUCUCUCUAUAAUGCCAGAUAAUUAAGUUACUGCUGCGAUCUAUAUCUCUAUUUGUAAGUACCAAAGAAUAUUGGAUUAUUAAAAGAAAAAGAAAAGAAAAAAAGACAGAAAAGAAAGAAAAAAAAAGAAUACACACAGAGAUCGACUUUAUAUAUAGGGAGUACCUAUUUACUCCUCUCUUUUACGUUUUUACACAUGUCUGUGAUAUUUUAAGAGAGCGAUGAUUUUUAUUUAGUUUCUUAUUACAUUAAUUUUUUAUGUGUAUAUAUAUAUCACAUCUGUGUGCAAACAAUACUCGAGAACUUGCCGCGUAUAUGCAGCUUCUGUACAAUGCGAUGCAUUAUAUUGCAUAAUUUCUUUAACUAAAGAAAAGAAAAAGAUGUAUAACAAACAUGCAAUUAAACUCUCAUUUAAAAAUCUUUUGCUUCUUUUUGUCAUACAUCUACCAUUAUCCGGAGCACAUUGAUAUAUGAGAAAAACUAAACUUUGUGCUUUCUAUUAUAAACUUUCUCUAAUAUUUAUUACAUGUCGAAACUUUUACGAAUUUUAGCUUCUGGACACGUUUAACAUGAAAUUUCUUAUUCUGAUCAUCUUACAAAUAUGGUAUAAUUAUUUAUAUAACUUAAUUGGGUUUUUCCACUUGUAUACUCUGAUGUUCUAUCAAGAUUUUGUAUCUUGGAUCCGUAGUUUUUCACAGCUUUGUCGAUACAUAUGUAUUUUCUUAUAUCAUAUAAAAAGAACAAAAAUGAGAAAGAAUAUUAAAUAUUCAAUAAUUACGAGGCGAGAUCAUUGAAGAGUAGAAACAUAAAUAUAUAUGAAUAUUAUCCAUAUUUCUUUUAUUAGGGGAUGGGGGGGAUUUCUAUUU